AUGGCUAGUGAGAAGCCGACGAAAUCCUCAAGUUUUACCACGGAGACCCAACCAUCUAUCAAAGAUGAUGAGAGUGUUUCCAGGGAAACCAAAUCUCAUUUCAAUGUUCGGCCACAUCAUGAAGAGUUUGCCGACGAUCGUGUGAUUUCUCCCAAGGUCAGCUCCCCCAGCACAAAUCUGUCUGCCAUGUUUCUGUCACAACAUCCCGAUUUAUCCGAUGUUGACGACGAUGACGAUGUCAAUGAAGAAAUUCUAAAGGUUACUGGGAGUGCUGACGGCGAAAUUCUUCUCUCAGAUGAUGACGUACAUGAAUAUCGACCAUCUGCACCAGAACCUAUGGAUAAGCCUGUUUUGCAAUCAAGUAAAUCUCGUAAUGUGACAUUCAAUAUCGAAUCUGCCUCGCCAGACUCCCUCUGUGAUACUUCACUUGAACAAUCCCUGGAAAAUAACAGUCCAAAUUCUGUGUCAGCUUCGAGUAGCUUGACAUCUAGCAAUAUUGACAAGAAAUCCAGUAGCACAACCUCAACCAGUUCAACUACUACCAACUUUAUAGAAUCUGAGGAUAGUUCGAGAAGCGAUGGAACUGGAACUAGUUAUACCACAGAUGGCACAUGUUCAAGUUACACCACAAGCGAUGCUUCUUCUACAACUGGCCAAAGUUGUUCCACAUCCAGCUCAACAAACACAUGUUCAGGCAGUUCUUCAUGGACCCAAAGUGACACCCUGACUGGAAGUAGUAACACUGAAACCACUGAGUCGGAAAGUGAUAUCACAAUGGUGAAACAAUCGAUGCAGGACUCACGUGAGCCAACAGCCUGUGUUACUACAUCACGUUCAAGUACAACAGAGCAGUUAAAUACAUCAACUAAAACGCCUUCUCCAAUACCUGAAUUGGAAUCAACACAUAGUGUUAAUGACGAUGACCAAGGAUCUAAUUUCACAUUCUCUAUUAAUGACGAGUCUCUUCCAGAUAAUUCAUCACCAUCAAUGUUAUUUAAGAGAGAAAGAGAUGAAGUCUCAUCUAAGGAAACACCAAUGUUACUUAAGAGAGAGAUAGAUGAAGUCUCAUCUAAGGAACUUAUUGCUGGAAGUUCUUCAUUCCACGAACAUACAUCACCAGCCCAGUUGGAAAUGGGAAUUACACAAGGUUUUUCCGUAUCUCCAGUUUCAUUCUCAUCAUCUGUAGAAGCAGUCAUUGAUUCUGAUGAAAAUGUAGAAAUAGAUCUUUCACAAAAUGUGUCAGAGGAGCUUUCUAAUUAUGAAAGUGAAGACAACAUUGGUAUGUAUACUGCAUCCUCAAAAUUGUUACAACGAUGUGCUGACAGAGAACACAAUGAAAACCCAAGCAUUGCAUCAAUUGGUAGCUUCACAUCACCAUCACAGCUAGCACAUCAUGUUCUAUCAGAUGAAAGUGAAGACAACAUUGGUAUGUAUACUGCACCCUCAAAAUUGUUACAACGAUGUGCUGACAGAGAACACAAUGAAAACCCAAGCAUUGCAUCAAUUGGUAGCUUCACAUCACCAUCGCAGAUUAUCAUGAAAGAGGAAGAAACAAAUGCUAUUACAUCAGGCGAUUCAUCGUCCUCUUUAGAGAGUAGAGAAAGCAUGACUGAAGGUAUAGUUGCAAGUGCUCCAACUAUAACUCUUCCAUAUGACUCAGAGCUUGAUGUUGCCGAUGAUUUCAGAGCAGUUUCUAUUGAUGCUGGAUUGACGUGUUUGAACAGCACCACACUACCACCUAUCAAUGACACACAAUCCAAAUCUUUUCAACAUGUAGAGGGAAUGCAGGAGGCUAAUGCAGAAAGAAUUCCAAAAACAUUUGUGCAUCCAGAAAGUGCUUCUGCCAUUCCUGUAUACACAACCAUGGUGUGUAUGCCCGCUGGUGGAGAUCUUCAUAAACCUAAACCAGAAUAUAUGCGUGACUUCAUUACUCAGGCCUUAGCAUUUGACAAAGGAAAACAUCAUUUUAGUAGCAUGAUCCCAAAGAUGCAUCAGUUGAGUAAAAAGUAUGCCACCACUCAGCAACUUAGUGAAGAUAAUCCUGUCGAAAAAUCAGACGAAGGAGAAACUGUUAAAUCAUUGAAAGAAUUGGCUAUUCAGGCUCAAUACAAGUUUAACCACGCCUCUAAUGAAAGUGUCUGCUGCACUAGUUUUGGAGCUGCAAAUAUAAUCGAACAACAAACAGAAGAAAUUCACAGAUUGGUUUGGGAAUUGUACAGAGAAAAAUGCAAGAACGUUGAACAAAAUCAAACUGACAACAUUCCAAAAGAUGUACAAAAAGAAUGCUCGAUGUGUGAAAUCAGAGAUAUGGAAAUCAAGAAACUUCAGGAAGAAGUUCAUAAAUUACGAGAAGUAUCUACAGAGAAAAAUGUACUUCAUUUGCAGCAAGAACUUGAAGAAAUGAAAACCCUUGCUGAAGAGAGGCUAGAGCAUAUUCAUAUGCUUAAAGACCAUUUCAUGGAUGGUCAGUCAAGUAGAGAAGGCUUUGUUAUCACAGAAUCAGAUGAGGCUGUACCAGAACAUGGUAAAUAUAUGGUGGAAAUUAGUUCACUCAAAAGUGAGCUAGAAGAGGCAAAACACAUUAUUGAUGUGAAAAACAGACACAUUGAGGUUCUUCUACAGUCUAUUCAGCAAGAUUCACCAUCUCCAACCCAACAUAAAGUGAAUGAUCAAGAUGAUGAUUUUGUCAGUAAUUUGAAAGAUGAACUGAAGAGAAAAAAAGAAGAUUCUCAUGCACUAGAAAAGGAAUUGUACGGCAUCAAGAAACUUGCUGAACAACGUCUUGGUGAAAUCAAUACUUUAUUACAGAAGAACGAAAACAAGCACGACCACCAUGAUAAACAAGAAGCAAUCAUUCAGAAUCUUCUUCAGCAAGUGAAAAAUCUGAUAAUGAUUGUGGAUGGAAAAGAUGGAGCAAAUGAUGUGGUUUCAAAAAAGGAAGAGGGCGAGCAACUUAUAAAACAUCUUACUUACUUCAAAAACUUAUCUGAAGUCAGAGAACAGGAGCUAAUUAAAAUUGAACGUAAACUUAGUUAUGCUAGACAGGACAAAGACCAGAAUGAGACAGAAUCACAGAAUCUAAAGCAACAAAUACAUAACCUGAAUAUGAUCAUUGAUCAAAAAGAUACUAAAAUUGCAAAUCUCCAUGCAAGAUCAAUUGACAGACCUGAAAUAAAGUCUGAAGCAGAGGCUGGACAGCUGGAUCAAUGGCAGUUUGACAAACUUGCUGCUGAUAUUGAACAACUACAAAAAGAGCUCAUUUACAGCAAGAAGCUCGCUGAAACACGACAAGGAGAGAUUAACAUACUUCAACGCAAAAUCAGUUACUCAAGACAGGACACUGAUGCAAAACAAACAUCAGCACAAAACCUGAUUCAUCAGAUAAACAACCUGAAAACCAUUUUAGAGCAAAAGGACACAGAAAUCGAACACAUAAAGCUAAGAUUUAGAGAGCGAGAGUUGCCAGCUGGAAACAAUGUGUUGACUGUUGGCCAUGAAAUGGAGAUUAAGGAAAAUAAUAAAGAAAUUGAAGCUUUGGAAAAGGAGUUAACAAGUAUCAAAAGUCUUGCUGACCAGAGGUCCCAGGAUAUUAUUCUCAUUUCAAGAAAACAUAGUGAUGCAAAGCAAUCCAUAGAUGAAAAUCAAACACUUGCUCUGAAUCUACAACAUCAGAUAAAAAACUUGAAGAUGGCAAUGGAAAUGAAAGAGUCUGAAUUAUCAAAGCUACAAGACACACUCCAUCAAACAGAAAAAGAUCUUCAAUCAUCAAAUCAAGCAAGUAUGAAUAUGACCAAGCAGCAAAAUGAUUUGAAAGAACAAAUUGAGCAUCUCACGCAACAGUUUCAUCAAGCUAUUCAUAUCAACAACAGGCAAGAAUUUACAAUUAAGUCUCUUCAUGGAGAAUUGCAAAAUGAGACCCGAAGAAAUGCUGAAAAGGAAACAGAGAUAAAUAAGUUAGUGGAAGACCUUCAAAUGAAAUUGUUUAGAACGGGAGAAAAUAAUAGUAUGGAUAUUACAGAAUCUGUUGUUACUUCUCUUCAGAAUGAUCUUGCAGAAACUAGACGUCUAAAAACAGAGAAAGAAAUGGAGAUGGCAACUUUGAAAAUUGAGCUUGUGAAUGAAAAACAUACUCUUCAGGAAGAAAUGGAAGGCUUGAAGUAUCAACUUGAAAAGACAAAAUCUCUCCUUGAUGAUCAAAUAAAUACAAAUUCAUCGCUAGAAAAUCAGUUGGAAAAUCUCAGAAAGAAAGACCAUGAACAAAGUGAGAAAAUUAUUCUGUUGGUAAAAAAGCAUAGUGAUGAAAAACAACACUUUCAAAAAGAGAUUGAUGCACUAAAACUUCAGCUUGCUUCUUCCGAAAUUAAGUAUAAUAUAGAUUCCGAUGUUAAAACAUCUCAUGAGAAAGCAAUUGAACUGGCAAGAACAUUUAGUAAAGACAAACAUGUUCAAUUGAAAAUCAUGACAGAAGAAUCACAGAAACACCUACAUGAAAUUGAACAACUUAAGCUACAUCACAAAGAAGAAAUGCAUGAAAAAGUGGCCACAAUUGCAUCUUUACAACAAGAGUUGAGAGAUGCCAAACAAGUCGCUGAAAAUAAAGAACAUCAACUACAACUGUCAUUGAAUGCACAUCAACAACAGGAACAUGACUUAGAAAAAGAAAUAACUUCACUUCAGAUGAAAGUAGUUAGUGCUGAGGUCAAGCAUGAUAUGCAUGAAACAUCUGAUAGAGCUGCCAGUGUUCAAAAAGAACUACAGGCUGAGUUGCAAAGGGUUACAAUGGAAGAUGUUGGGCGAGAAGCUGCAAAAGAUGUAACAAUUGCAACCCUUCAACAAGAGGUGAAGGAUGUUAAAAAUGUUGCACAAGAUAAGGAAAAUAAUAUGAAACAGGUUAUUCAGGACAGUCACACACAGAAGCAAGAGUUACAGAAAGUCAUUGAUAAGCUUGAAUUACAGCUUGUCACUGCUGAAGCCAAGCAUGACAUGAACACCAAUUCAAAUCUACACCAGAAAGAAAUUGAAUUGGCAAGAAAGUUUAGCCAUGAGAAUCAUGCACAGUUACAAUCCAUAACUAAAGAAACACAAACACAUCUGGAAGAAGUUCAUAGAGACAUGGAACAAUUGAAGUUGCAUCACAAUAACGAAUUACACAACAAGGACAUUCUACUUGCAACUCUGCAACAAGAAUUAAAAGAUACCAAACACAUGUUGGAGGUAAAAGAACAGCAAUUUCAAGUGUUGGUCAAAGACAAUCAGAAAGAACAACAUGACUUGGAGAAGCAAAUACAUGCUCUUGAGUUAGAAAUAUCUAGUGCUGAAGUCAAGCAUGAGAUGCAUGAAACUUCUGAGAGAACAACUGAUGUUCAAAAACAACUAGAGCUAGCAAGAAAAUUCUCACAUGAGAAGAAUGCGCAAUUGCAGAUGCUAAAACAAGAGAAUCAGAAUAAACUUGAGAAAUUGCAGGCUGAGUUGCAGAGGGUUAAAAUGGAAGACAUUGGAAGAGAGGCUGCAAAAGAUGUUUCAAUUGCAAAACUUCAGCAAGAGCUGAAGGAUGUUAAACAUGUUGUAAAGGUUAAGGAUAAUCAACUUACGCAGGUUACUAAUGAAAGUAAAAGAAAACAACAGGAAUUACAGAAAGUGAUUGAUAAGUUUGAGUUACAACUGGUAACUGCAGAAGUCAAGCAUGGCAUGCAUGCCAAUUCAGAUCUAAAUGCUAUCCACCAAAAAGAAGUUGAAUUAGCAAGAAAGUUUAGUCAUGAAAAUCAUGCCCAGUUACAGUCUGUAACUAAAGAAACACAAACACGACUGGAAAAAGUUCACAGGGAUAUGGAACAAUUGAAGCUGCAUCACAAUAACGAAUUACACCAAAAGGAUAUUGUAAUUGCCACUCUGCAACAAGAAUUAAGAGAUAACAAUCACAUGUUUGAUGCCAAAAAACAACAACUUGAGCUGUGCAUGAGAGACAGUCAAAAGGAACAACAUGAAUUAGAGAAGGAAAUACAUGCUCUCAAGAUGCAAAUAACAAAAGUUGAAGUUGAACAUGAGAUGCAUGAAACCUCUGAUAGAGCAAUGGGUGUCCAGAAACAGCUGGAGCUGGAAAGAAAAUUGUCCCAUGAGAAGAAUGCCCAGGUACAGAUGCUAACACAAGAAUUCCAGGACAAGCAUGACAAACUACAGGCUGAAUUGCAAAAAGUUUCAAUGCAAGAGUAUGAAAACCAAUCAAGAAAAGACAUACAUAUUGCCUCACUCCAGCAAGAAUUAAGAGAUACUAGAAACAAGGUAGAUGAAAAGGCUAAUAGUCUUAAACAGGUAAUUAAAGAAAAUCAAAUACAACAGCAAGAAUUACAACAAGCAAUUGCUGAGCUUAAACUAAAGCUUGUCACUGCUGAGGUCAAGCAAGACAUACAUAGCAGUUCUAAUGGAGAUACCCUACACCAAAAAGAACUAGAACUGUCAAGAACAAUUAGCCAUGAGAAGCAUGUACAAUUACAGUCAAUAAAUGAGGAAACUCACAGACAACUUGAUGGGUUGCACAAAGAAAUAGAGAAACUGAAGCUCAGCCACAUUGAGGAAAUACAUGACAAAGAUAUCACUAUUGCUUCCCAGCAACAAGAAUUAAGAGAUCUUAGACAAAUGGCAGUAAAUUCUGAACGUCAAUUUCAAUUGUCCAUCAAUGAAAAUCAGAAGACACAGCAUGAGUUAGAGAAAGAAAUCAAUGCACUCCAGAUGAAAAUCGUGCGUGAUGAAAUCAGAUAUGACUUGCAGGCAAAUUCUUGUACAACUACUGGAAUCCAAAAAGAACUUGCAUUGGCUCAUAAGUUCACAUAUGAACAGAAUGCUCAAAUACAAUCAGUGACACAAGAAUAG